AUGGCCAUGAAAACUCAUUUGACAUGGUUGCAAGAAAAGUGCCUGCAGAAUUAUUUUGGAGGAAAACGGUUUUGUCUUCUUUAUAAGGCGACAGAGCAGAACUUUUCCCAUCGUGAUUUGUUCUGGAAAGGUUGGGGUCAUGGUCCUACCAUGACAGUGUUUUACAGGAGAGACUGCGUUGUGGGUGCCUACCUGCCAGAGGGCUUCCAGAACAAAAUUGUUCCUGUCACUCUUUUUACACUCCGAGAGACUGAAGUUUCAGCAUGUGCAAUAGGAACACAUAGGCCAGCUUUUUUAUUCUAUGAUAGAGAGAAUAUUGAUCCUGAUAUCUAUGUAGUGUUAUAUGAGAAAAAUAUGACUAUAAGUUCGGAGGUAUGUGAAAAGCUCGGACUGCCUCUUCGAUAUUCUACCAUGUCUAUUCAGGAGUGUGACUUUCGAUGUGAAGAGUUAUUGGAUGAGAGAAAGACAAGAGACAUUGCUGUGAUUCAGAGAAAUUUAUUGACUGCCCUGAGCACCUAUAAGCCGUAUGGAGACCUGGUUCCCCAGACAUGAAUUCUGCUGCUGGGUCCUAUAGGAGCUGGGAAGUCCAGCUUCGUCAACUCAGUCAAGUCUGUUUUCAGCGGCAGCAUCACACACCAGGCCUUGGUGGGCUGUGACAAAAAUGGCAUAUCUGACAAGUAUAGGACAUAUUCCAUCACAUACAGGGAUGGUGAUGGCCCCUUGCCGUUUGUCCUGUGUGACUCACUGGGGCUGAGUCAGAAAGCUGGCUUGCACACAGAUGACACAGCUUACAUCUUAAGUGGCCACACUCCUGACAGGUACCAGUUCAAUUCCACAAAACCGAUCACAUCAAACCAUCCAAACUAUAUCCACAACCCACUGCUGAAGGACAGAAUCCAUUGUAUGGUGUUUGUGUUUGAUAUCAAUUCUGUGGAACAGCUCUCCCAUGGGUUGGUGGCAAAAACAAAAAGGAUUCGAAGGGAACUGAUAAAAUGUGGCAUCCUGCUUGGGGCUUUGCUUACCCACAUGGAUAGCCUGGAUCUGAUUACAAGAGAAGAUCUGAUAGACAUAUACAACUGUGAGCCUGUGAAACUCAAGCUAGAAGCAGUCCAUAGAGACUUUGGUUUUGCCCUUUCUGACAUCUUGGUGAUUAGUAAUUAUGUCUCAGAGUGGCAUCUGGACCCUGUGAAGAACAUGGUAAUCCUCUCGGCACUGAGAGAGAUCCUGCAUACUGCAAAUGACUUCUUAGAGGACUUGCCUUUGAACAAACAGGCGCAGCUCACCGUGUGCAGCGCCACCCCUGGGCUGAUUGUCCUGGGUGCUAUUAGGAAGCAGGCUGAGCAAGCCAUGGGGAUCAAGCCUAAGCAGCUUCUAGAGGCUCAGCUCGUUUCAGAACAGUCAAGUCUAAUUGCAUUAUAG